AGUAUAUAUUUGGGAUGAAAGCGAAUCCGUGUUUGCAGAUUAAGCACGCCACGAUAUUGUUCUCCCCAAUCUGAGUCAAUUAUUUCAUGUGUCCCACUCCAAUCCCUUUUCCUUAUAACACAACACAAUUCGUCUCCUCUUGGACCAUUAUCAUCAUCAUUGUCUACUAAAGCCCUAAGGCCAUGCAGUUGGUUGUUGUCAUUAAAGGGAAAUUGCCCGCCAUCCUGCAUUUAAUUCCAACUUUUACUUUCUCCAUCUAAUUCAUAUAGUUAUAGUAAUAAUAGUAUACCCUCUCUCUCUCUGAUUCGAUUCUCAACCCCAGAAUGGACGUGGAAUCAAAACAAGACAACAAAUCCCCUGGUAUGGCUCCUCCAAAUUACAGAUCCUCCAAGAAGAAAAGAGCAAGAAAUUGCUGCUUCAUCUGCCUGGCUGUCCUUCUCCUUCUAGGGCUUCUCUUCCUCAUCUUGGGCUUAACUGUUUUCAAAGCCAAAAAGCCUGUCAUGACCGUAAACGACGUUUCCCUAGGGAAUUUGGGCGUCUCUUUUGACAUCGCCCGACUCCAAGUUCACCUCAACGUUACCCUUAACGCCCAUCUCUCUGUCAAAAAUCCUAAUCGGGUCGGGUUCAAAUACGACUCCACCUCUGCUAUCCUCCAGUACAAGGGACAAGUUGUCGGAGAUGCCCCUGUUCCGUCCGGCAAAAUUGGCUCCGGUGAGACGCGUCCAAUGAAUAUCUCCCUCACCGUGAUGGCCGAUCGAUUGCUUUCAGACUCCAGCUUAUAUUCCGAUGUCAUGUCCGGUGCGUUACCCCUCACUACUUACGUCAAAUUGUCUGGGGUCGUCCAUGUUCUAUUCAAGAUUCAAGUCAAGUCUUCCUCUACCUGCGAUUUGUUCAUCGAUGUUCUUAACAGGAAGCUUGUCAACCAGACUUGUCAUUAUAAGACAAAGCUAUGAUGCUCCACAUACACUUCCUGUUGAUUGCUUACUGUUUCUUUUUUUCCUUUCUUCUCUUCUGUACCACAAUUAGAAUUUGAUUUCGGAAUACUAUUUAUCAUUUUUAUUAGCUCCCACUUGAUAUAUAUAUAUACAAAUAUCUUGUCCUAAA